AUGAGACAUUUAAAAAGAAACAAGAAAAUUUGUUAUAUAAAAAAUACAAAAAAUGAAUAGAUUAUAGAAUUGCUGAAAUUUCUUGUAUAUCUAACUGCUAUUGAUGAAGGUUAUGUUGUUGGUGGAUCAAAUUCACUUAAUUUGUUGGUUGAGAUGUAAGUUGAUCUAACUAAUCAGAAAAUGAGGAUAAAAAAUACUUCCUUAGCUGAAGGAAAUUUACAAAAUGUAAUUUAAGCUUAUCUGAAUUUAAUAAUGUGA